GCCAGGACAAAGAGCCUGGAAGCGAAGAGCACGCAAAUGGACGAGGUGCGGCAGUUAAUGUUUCUGACUCUGCGUGCGAGUGCGACGUUCAUCUUCACGAGAGGACCACAGACGCGAUCAAGAGCGGAGUUGCACCUUGGGAAAAAGAAGCUGAGGACCAAAACCGGAGGGCAUGUUAUGAGGAAGAGGCUAGCAGACAUCACGCUGCUGACGCAGGGAAACUGGUAGACGGAAGGGAUCCAAAAGAAAUGGCGCAGCCCGCAGCUGCAUCGCAUCAGACCCCAACGAUACUAUCCGGAGCCAUUUCUGGUAUAACGGCCAUGCUGAAGAGGUUGCGGGUCGGGGAAGAAACACCUGCGAGCGAGGAACGACAGAGGGCGCAAUCGAUGUCAUCUAGCCAGCCCGCGCCACCCGCAGGACAUACACCUAUUGGCACGGAC